GCCGUGGUAAGCAGUUGAAGACAGGAAAAUCAAAGGGACCGACCUUACGACAGCAGGUGUCGCAUCUGUGGCAACACUGGCAACACUGUUGUGAUGUUCUGUGUCACUUCUCUAGUCUCUGUCUGUUUCAACCUAAAAUUUAGAAAAAGAAGCGAUUCAUUUUAUUUCAGUUUAGCUCAAUUUUACUUUAUAAAGACGUAAUGUUAGCGGUUCAGCAAACUAACGAUGCUGGAAUACCAGAUAAAAUGUGGCAGCCUCCCUAUGUGCAGUUUGAUACAACCAUGGGCGAAUUUUUAAUAGAACUGUACUGGAAACAUGCACCACAAACAUGCAGAAACUUUGCAGAGCUUGCUCGCCGUGGAUAUUACAACAACACAGUAUUCCAUAGAAUUAUCAGAGACUUUAUGAUACAAGGUGGUGACCCUACAGGUACAGGAAAGGGGGGCCUAUCCAUCUAUGGGCCUACCUUCAAAGAUGAAAUACAUCCAGAAUUGAAGCAUAGUGGAGCUGGUAUAUUAUCUAUGGCAAAUUCUGGUCCAGAUACAAAUGGCUCACAGUUUUUCAUAACUCUUGCUCCCACACAAUGGUUAGAUGGAAAACAUGCAAUUUUUGCAAGAGUUCAUUCUGGAAUGAAUGUCAUUAAGAGGAUAGGGCUUGUAGAAACUGAUAGGAAUGACAGGCCUGUUGAUGAAAUAAGAAUCCUUCGAGGAAAGGUUCUAAAAAGUCUGUGAUAUCUCUUAUCCUUAUGUUUUAUUGAAAUAUUAUACCAAGAUACAAAUGAAUAAACGAUUAUACCGGGUGGUAGGGAAAUAAUAUUCGUAACUUUAAGAGGUGAUUCCUUGCAUUAUUCUAAGCAAAAAAGUUCAUUAUAACAUGUCCGAGAAACAAUCGUUUUCGAUGAAAGUGAGUCGUAAAUAAUUAAAUUUUCUCAAACAUUUGGCAACGCAACCGCGAUACGAGCGCACGACGACCGCAACUGAUUCAUCGAAUUGUUUACGUUUGUAUGAUAUUUUUGUUGAAAAUAUGCCUUGAAUUAUUGAAUACUUUUAGGCAAUUUUUGUGGCUAAUAUUUUUUAUUUAAUAACGCUUUCAGAACAGUAUAUUUACUUGAAAAAAAUGACAGAACUUAUCGGUACAUGGCGAUACACACCACCAAUUCCCACGAUCAUCAGUCACUUAUUUAAAACGAUGCGAUGCACGAAAAAAGAAAAAAACAACAUCCGUAAAUCACAUAAAGUUACAAUUAAAUGUAUUAGCAAUAGCAACAACACGCGAUGAUAGUCAUGUAUCGUUCGCGAACGAGUCGUUCAAAAUGAACGACUCAUCUAAGUGAGCGACGAUUGAACGACUCUUAUUACAUAUGGCUCGUUCAAUUGCAAAGCGUGUCUGCAGUAUGCAGCAACUGAACUGCGAACUGACAACGUGGUAACAGUACAGACAUUAUCUAGGGAAGCCAAUUGUUUUGUUUCGAGGUAUCCCAUUAAAUUAAAGAUGGGAUUUGAGGGCAAAAAUUGCAUUUUGAUCCAGGAUUCGGUAAUUCCUCAAAACCGGACCACAUAACCCUUCUUUUUUUGGAAGACAGUUUACAUUCGUUAUAUUCAAUUUCAACCAAAAAUAUUAAUACUUAAAUAAAUACAAUAACAUCGGCAACUCCAACCUUUAAUUUCAUUUUCAUAGCAUGAUGUAUAUUCUCUGACUCAGUGAGUCGUUACUAUAGGCAACACAAUACGCUCGUCAGCUGCGAGGCCAGUCACUAAUCGUAUCGUUCAAAUGAACGGCUCACUAAAGAGAGAUGAACGAAAUGUGCGAGCUCAGAGAAAAGAGUCGUAUA